AUGCCGCGGCAGCGUCAGGGCCGGGCCUUUGCGGUCCGCAGGGUGUGCACGGGCACCGUAGCGGCGCUGUGCUGCCUGGCCGCGGCCUGCCUGGUGCCGCUGGCCGGCGCCGCUGCCGACCCCGCUGGCGGCCGCGCCUCCUUCUCCCCCGAGGGCGUGCGGUGGGCCCGCGACCACAUCAUCGUCAAGCUCAAGCCCUGGGCGGUGGCGGCGGCGAUGGCGGGCGGCGACGGCGAGAUGCAGGCUUCCGCGGCCGGCGCUGCCGGGCUGCCGGGGCUGGCGCUGGUGCAGCCGCUGCUGGCGCGCGGCGGCGCGGCGGGCGGCGGCGGCGCCGCGCGGCGGCGCGGCCUGGCGGCCGCCAGCCAGGGGGCUGCCGCCGCCGCCGUGUACAAGAUCCUGGACGGCAGCAGCGUGGCCGCCAAGGUGGCACAGAUGCGGGCGCUGUCGCAAGUCGCCUGGGCCAGCCCCGACAUGCGCCUCUAUCCUGCGGUACUGCCCCCCGGCUCCGCGGCAGCCGCAGAGGACGCCGCGGCGGCGCGGGCGGACGUGGCCGCGCGCGGUGCGGCGGCGGCGGGGGGGCGCCGUGGCGCGACGCGCCGCCUGGCGCAGGGCGGUGGCGGCGCCGUCGUGCCCAACGACCCGCGCUUCCCCGACCAGUGGCACCACCCCACCAUAGACUCCUCCCACGCCUGGGCGCUGGCCAGGGGCGCGGGCCCGGCCCGGCUGUGCAUCAUCGACAGCGGCAUGCAGCGAGGGCACCCAGACCUGCCGCAACCCGCCGAGGGCUGGAACGCGGUGUGGCGGCAGUAUCCUGGGGAGUGGGCGGAGCGCAUGCCCCGCCAGGGCGACCCAGAUUUUAACGACUGGGAGGACCGGCAGUACCACGGCACGCACGUGGCUGGCAUCGCCGCCGCGCUGGGCAACGGCGUGGGGGUGGCGGGGCUGGCGUACCAGGCGCGCCGCCGCCCUCCGCCGCCGCCGCCGGUGCUGGCUGGUGCUGGCUGCGGCACCAGCAUGGCGACGCCGCUGGUGGCCGCCGCCGCCGCCAUGUUGUUCAACGCGGCAGACGCGGCGCUGCAGCGGGCGGUGGGGUAUGCGGAAGUGAAGCAGGCGCUGCUGGGCAGCGUGGACCCUUUUGUGGGGGCGGCAUCGCUGGUGUCCUCGGGCGGCCAGCUGAACGCGGCCCGAGCGCUGCGCCUGCUGCUGUACGGCCAGACCGCGGCGCCGCCGCCCUCACCGCCCAGCCCGCCCGGCACGGGCACCCUGGUGCCCAGCCCCGGCGAGCGCUGGCUGCACUGGGUGGACUCUGCAGCCUACUUCGAGGCCCUCCCCACCACCAACUACACGCUGUGCACGCAGACCUGCAUCCUGGACGUGCGGUGCGGCAAGUACGUCUUCUUCCGCCCGCCCGCCUCCACCACAAGGAACUACGUCACCGUGCACUGCCUGCUGUGGAGCGCCACGGCGGUGCAGUCUGAGGUCAUUCUGAACCCCAAUGUGGAUGCUGAGAGGGGCGGCGCCAUCACCGCCACGGCCCUCGCCGCCGCCGCGCCCCCGCCCGCCGUCACCUAG